UUUGGUAUUUGUUACAUUUACUUAUACUUUGUAUCUGUUUAUAUAUACCUGCUGCCUGCCCUAUCUACGAUUCAUCAUCGGAUAUCUGCAGACCUAAGAAGUCCAGUGGUUCGAACACAGAUUAUCCCUCGCGUCCAAUCAAUGGAGGAAGACCAACCAAAAGCCCGGGUCGAAGACCAACAUGCGACCGAGAACUUUCGUGAAGUACAGCUGCAGAAUACUAUUAGUCCCAAUUCUCCAUCCACGAUUGAGGAAGACGAGGGACACCCACUUUCCUCCGAGCAGCAAGACGGAGCCGUGCAGCCCGAUCCGGUGCACAGAAACUGCGGCCCCAUGCCCGGCAUAUGGGCCUCCUCCUCCCCGCUCAGUCCUACGCCAGCACCGACAGAGCCCAACGAAAACGGAAAGCGACCUCUAUCACCCACUUCUGACAGCGAAGACAGCGCGCCUGAUAACAAGAGGCAGAAGACACAACCUAGCGACAAGAAGGUGGAUCUGGGGCUGCAGUGGGGCAAGGGGGUGAAACGCUGGGUACGUAGAUUCUUGGGUGCUGGGUCCGAGGGCGAUGAGAGGCAACUGGAGGCCAAGCGGGCCGAGGGAGUUGUUGAGCCGGUUCGCGGAGACCCCGGAGGACAGGACGUCGGACCGACGGAUGGACGAAGCACCGGAACACCAUCUGAAGAAGCAAGUAGUUUGAGUAUUGAAGAGGGCGUUCCAGUAACUCGCGACAUGAAGGGCGCUGGCGGAAAGAACAUAGACAGUGCUAGCGAAUCCUCCUUUGAUGGGAUUCGCAAUGGAAACAACGAAAUGCAGGACGAGAUACAGGAAGAGUCUAGUUGGGAGGAGGAUAGCGAGGAUGGAGACGUCGUAGAGGAUGGAGACGUCGUAGAGGAUGGAGACGUCGUAGAGGAUGGAGACGUCGUAGAGGAUGGAGACGUCGUAGAGGAUGAAGACUCCGAGUGA